AUGCAUGGAUUUGAUACUGGUGAUCACGUGACAUUUAGAGAAAUAAAUGGAAUGACCGCCCUUAAUGGUCGGACUUGUGAAAUAAAAGUGUUGUCCCCAUACACGUUUGAAAUCUGUGACACGACAGGAGAAGAAUUCGCUCCCUACAAACAUGGUGGCAUUGAUGGACAGAAAUCUCUGGAACAAGAAAUCAUGAACCCUUCCCUGCUGAUUCCAGAUCUGUUUAGGUUUGAAGCACCUGCUAAUAUUCAUUUAGGUUUUCUAGCUCUCAAUAGAUUUAAUGAAAAGUUCAAGAGAUUCCCUCAAGCUUGGUGUGUGGAGGAUUCAAGUAAUCUUGUAUCUCUUGCUAAAGGACUCAACACAGAACUCACCGACAAGGUAACAACAAUAGACGAGGAUCUCCUCAAUGUUCUCUCGUACACAAACACCGGAUAUCUGUCAUCGCUGUGUGCGGCUCUGGGGGGAUUCGUGGCACAGGAAGGAAUCAAAGCAGUGACAGGCAAAUUUACACCACUCAAACAGUGGCUGUACUUGAAUUGUAGAGAUGUAAUAAACAAAGAAGAGGCAGCAACACCAGACAUGUUUACACCAAGACAUGACAGAUAUGAUGCUCAAAGAAUCUGUUUGGGACAGAGGAAAUGUGAAGAGUUGGCCAAGCUGAGACUUUUCAUGGUGGGAUGCGGUGCUAUUAGGUGUGAAAUGUUGAAGAAUUACGCUCUGCUGGGGAUAAACCAGAAAGAUAGAGGAUGUAUUACCAUUACAGACAACGAUCUGAUUGAAAAAUCCAACCUCAACCGUCAGUUUCUCUUCAGACCUUCUGAUAUACAGAAACCAAAAAGUACCACUGCAGCUGUUACUGUUCUGCAGAUAAAUCUAGAGCUGAAUAUAGAGGCACAACAACAGAAAGUGUGUCCACAGACAGAAGACAGGUUUUAUAACGACGCCUUCUUUGAGAACCAGGAUGUUGUGGUGAAUGCCCUUGACAAUAUCGAGGCUCGACGCUAUGUGGACAGUCGGUGUGUGACCAAUCAGAGAGCAUUGUUGGAGAGUGGAACCCUGGGAACUAAAGGUCACGUACAGGUCAUCAUACCUCAUCUCACAGAGUCCUACAGUAGUCAGAGUGACCCUAGUGAUGAGAGUGUUCCCUACUGCACCUUGAAGUCAUUUCCUGCUAAUAUUGAACACUGCAUACAGUGGGCGCGAGACAAGUUUGAGAGCUCCUUUGCCGUGAAGCCGGACUUGUUCAAUAAAUUUUGGAAACAGAAUGGACAAGUGACUGAAGUUAUUCAAAAAUUGAAGAAUGGACAAUCACUAGAUGGCGCUGUCCAGGUUAGCAAAAUGGCUGCCAACAGGAGGGCCACCUGGUGCCAAUGUGUACAGCUAGCUCGCCUCAAGUUUCAGAAAUACUUUAACCACAAGGCAAAACAUCUCCUUCAUGUGUUUCCUCUGGACACAAAGAUGCAAGAUGGCUCUCUAUUUUGGCAAUCUCCCAAGCGGCCUCCGAUUCCUCAGGAAUUCAACAUUCAAAACCCUGUACAUUUCCAGUUUGUUGUAAGCACAGCUCGACUUUAUGCUGGAGUCUUCAACAUUCCAGUCAGCUCCGAGGAUACAUCAUUCACAACUAUAAACUCAGUCAUAGAAGGCAUGGACAUUCCUGACUACCGACCAACAAAUAAAAGAAUUCUGACCGAUGAAUCUGUCUCUAAACCAAUGGACGACACAACAGGAAGUGGGGAUGAUUUACUGGACGCCGCUAAUCGCCUGCAGGCGUCACUUUAUAAGGACAAGGUCACACACGUGCUGAGUCCAAUGAAUCCCGUCGAGUUUGAGAAAGAUGAUGACACCAAUGGUCACAUAGACUUUAUAUCUACAGUAGCGAACUUACGAGGAGCUAUGUACAACAUUGAGAGCAUUGACAGACUGCAAGCCAAGAGAAUAGCUGGUAGAAUUGUUCCUGCCAUAGCCACUACCACGGCGACUGUCAGUGGAUUGGUCACCAUAGAGCUGAUUAAGCUGUUGGACAAAUUACCCCUGGAGGUGUAUAAGAAUGCCUUCCUUAACCUUGCUCUUCCAGUAAUUGUACUGUCUGAGCCAGGACCGGUGGAGAAAACUGUGAUAAAAGAGGGACUGACAACAACCAUGUGGGACCGGUGGGAGGUUCACGGAACAGCCGAUUUUACACUCCAGCAAUUCCUUCAAUACUUUAAGGAUAAAUACGGGUUAGAGGUCACCAUGGUCAGUCACGGAGUGAAGAUGGUGUAUGUACCGUUUAUGCCAGGCCAUAAAAAACGUCUGCCACAACAAAUGGUGAAGUUGUUAAAACCUUCUUCAGGACAGCUGUAUAUGGACCUGAUCAUUAAUUUAGAAGGAAAUGAGGACGACGACAUUGCCUGUCCGCCCGUCCGGUAUUACUUCAGGGUUUAACGACGGCGGAUUAUAGGACCAUCUUCUAGUGCUAUUUCAUGACUUCU